CGCAGGUCCUGUAACAACAAGGAAACCACACGGCUCUGUGGCUGGAGGUUCCUAUAAGGUGUCAGGACGUGGCGGUCUAUUUCUCCAUGGAGGAGUGGGAGUAUGUAGAAGGACACAAGGAUCAGUACAAGGAUCAGGUGAUGAUGGAGGAUCAGCAGCCCCUCACAUCAGCAGUCAGAUCCAGUAAGAGAACAGCAGCAGAGAGGUGUCCCCGUCCUCUUCUUCCACAGGAUCAGCUUAUGAAUCAGGUAGAAGAUCUGAACAAUAUUAAUGCGCCAGAGACAGAUAUGAGGAGUGAUGAGCAGUUUAAGGAGGACAUUCCUACAAUGAAAGAUCUAAACUACAUUAAUGCUACAGACAUAAAUAAAGAAGAAGAGAUAGAUGUGAGCAGUGAUGAGCAAUAUAAGGAGGACAUUACUACAGGGAAAGAUCUGAUUUAUAUUAAAGCUACAGACAUAAAAGAAGAAGAAGAAACAGACAUGAGUGGCGAUGAGCAGUAUAAGGAGGACAUUUUUACAUUGAAGGAUUUGAACAAUAUUAAUGUUAUAAAAAUAAAGGAAGAAGAAGAAGAGACAGAUGUGAGCAGUGAUAAAAAGUAUAAGGAGGAAAUUCCUACAGGAAAAGAUCUGAACUAUAUUAAUGCUACAGUCAUAAAUGAGGAAGAAGAGACAGAUGUGAGUGGUGAUGAGCAGUAUAAGGAGGACUUUCCUACAGGGAAAGAUCUGAUCUAUAUUAAUGCUACAGACGUAAAACAGGAAGAAGAAGAAACAGAAGUGAGCAUUGAUGAGCAGUAUAAGGAGAACAUUCGUACAGGGAAAAAUCUGAUCUAUAUUAAUGCUACAGACAUAAAAGAAGAAGAUGAGAUAGAUGUGAGCGGCGAUGAGCAGUAUAAGGAGGACAUUACUACAGGGAAAGAUCUGAUUUAUAUUAAUGCUACAGACAUAAAAGAAGAAGAAGAAACAGAUGUGAGCAGUGAUGAGCAGUAUGAGGACAUUUUUACAUUGAAGGAUUUGAACAAUAUUAAUGUUAUAAAAAUAAAGGAAGAAGAAGAAGAGACAGAUGUGAGCAGUGAUAAACUGUAUAAAGAGGACUUUCCUACAGGGAAAAAUCUGAUCUAUAUUAAUGCUACAGACAUAAAAGAAGAAGAAGAGACAGAAGUGAGCAGUGAUGAGCAGUAUAAGAAGGACAUUCCUACAGGUAACCAACCAGAUGACUGUUCCAGGAGAUCAGAGGGAGAUCUGAUAUCCUCAUGUGUAAAAACAGAGGAUGGUAUCACACAAGUUACAUAUGAAGAUUAUUACUUCGUCCCAGAUCCACCCUCAGCCCUUCACAGCCAAGAUCUGUCAUCUGAUCCUUUUACAAAACAAAAUAAAAUCCCCACAAGGUUUGUUGGGCAUCAAAAGGCUAAUACAAGCGAGAAGCCAUUUUCAUGUUCAGAAUGUGGGAAAUGUUUUACUGAGAAUUCAAAACUUAUUAGACAUCAAAGAAGUCACACAGGGGAGAAGCCAUUUUCUUGCCCAGAAUGUAAAAAAUGUUUCACUCGGAAAUCCUGUCUUGUUGACCAUCAAAAAAUUCACACAGACGAGAAGCCAUUUCCAUGCCCAGAAUGUGGGAAAUGUUUUACCGAUAAAUCACAUCUUCGUGCCCAUCAAAGAAGUCAUACAGGAGAGAAGCAAUUUCCAUGCCAAGAAUGUGGGAAAUGUUUUUCUUAUAGAACAGGUCUUGUAAAGCAUCAAAAAACUCACACACAGGAGAAGCCAUUUUCAUGCCCAGACUGUGGGAAAUGUUUCACUUCUCAAUUAAAACUGUUUCAACAUAAUAAAGCUCACACAGUAAAGAAGCCAUUUCCAUGCCCAGAAUGUGGCAAAUAUAUAACUCAAAAAGCUAAUCUUGUUAAACAUCUAAGAACUCACACAGGAGAGAAGCCAUUUUUGUGUUCAGAAUGUGGAAAGUGUUUUAUUUCUCGCUCAACUCUGCUUAAACAUAAAAAAACUCACACAGGAGAGAAACCAUUUUCAUGCCCAGAAUGUGGAAAGUGUUUUUCUGUAAAAUCAGGUCUUGUUCGACAUCAAAUAACUCACACAGGAGCAAAGCCAUUUCCAUGCCCUGAAUGUAAAAAGUGUUUUACUGUAAAAUGCCAUCUUGUUAAACAUGAAAGAACUCACACAGGAGAGAAGCCAUUUCCAUGUCCAGAAUGUGGGAAGUGUUUUACUAACAAAUCAAAUCUUGUUGAACAUCAAAGAACUCACACUGGAGAGAAGCCAUUUUCAUGUCCAGAAUGUGGGAAAUGUUUUAUUUCUCGCUCAACUCUGCUUAAACAUAUAAAAACACACACUGGAGAGAAGCCAUUUUCAUGUUCAGAAUGUGGGAAAUGUUUUAUUUUUCAAUCAGCUUUGCUUAAACAUAAAAAAAUUCACACAGGGGAGAGACCAUUUUCAUGCCCAGAAUGUGGAAAGUGUUUUAUUCACAAAUCACAUCUUGUUGAACAUCAAAGAACUCACACAAGAGAAACGCCAUUUCCAGGCUCAGAAAUGUUUUUCUAAAAUGAGUCUUAAAAGACAUAAAAAAAACUCACACAGGAGAGAUGCCAUUUUAAUGUGCAUAUGUGUGAAGUCUUUUAGGACAAUGUCAUGUCUAAUUACACAUCAAAGAACUCACACAGGAAAAAUGUAACACGUGGUUCUUAACCCCUUCACGCUCAUUGAUGUAUUAUUAUGUCCUGGGAGCAUGAAGGGUGUGUGGAGAAGGUUCGAAAUUGGAGCUGGCUAUUUAACUUUUCCAAUUUUGCAAACAAAAAAACAUUAACAUGUUUGAUAUGGCCGCAUGCCGAAAUGUUAGAACCAUUAAAAUAUAAUGUUACUGAAACCUCACGAUGAACGUUAUAAAAGUAAAAAGGAAAACAAACGCAGAAUUGUGUUUUAUUUAUUUUUUGGUCAC